AUGGAUGAUUUAUGUGAUCCGGAAUUUUAUCUAACAUAUGGAAUGGAACGACCUUCGCACUCAUCUACAACAAAUUCUAUUAAAAACUGUUCACAGUCAUCAGCCGUGAAUUCUGUUAAAAAUCAUUCAUUUGAUCAACAGAAAAAUGACUUUCCUAAAGCUCUAUGUAUAGAUUCUAAGCCUAUCGAUUUCAGUGCGGCGAAGACGUCAAAAACAGUGGAUUCCUCUAGAAAACCUUUAAAAGAAAUUUCGCAGCGCGGGCGUUUACCAUCGGUUGAUCAAAUAGGACCAAUUCUAACUCAAUCAACAGCAUCGCUUGGUGAUAUUCAUAAAGAAAACGAGCUGUUUCGACAACGUCAUUGCCGUUCAGCUGCAUCUGUUUCAACUUAUAGAGAGGCUUCAAGCGGUCGAUUAUUUGCCAGCGAUCGCUACGAUUCAUUAACUGAUGCUGAAAAUGCGGAUGAUUGGCUAAAAAACCAAUUUAAAAAAUUAAAAGCGAAACGUGAUAAUAAUCCUGAAGUAUUAAGAAGGAAACGACAAGAAAGAAUGUUGCUUGAGGAAUUAAAACAUGUUAGUGAUGAUCGUAGGAUCGUGAAAGGAAUCAAUGAACAGACGUAUAGCGUGGAAGGCUAUGGUCAACGAAGUGAUCCACUAGUCGAGUAUCAUCUUGAAGAGGAGCGAUUACAUAACAUCAAAUCACCGUAUUUUGAUCAUAAUGAGCAUAAUGAAAAUUUUUCGAUUCGUCGAGUAGUACCAAAUAAACAUUAUUCCGAUAUUGUUCGUCAUAAACCGCCAACACCACCACCUCGUGCUCGAUCUCGUAGUCCUCCAUCCAGUCCUUAUCCUAGGCGUUCACGGACACGAACCCCUGGCCAAGACCAUCAGGAAAUGUCAAUCUAUCGACAAGAACGUAAUAAUAUUGCAAGAAACGAUCAUGGUCAACUUAUCAUUGAUAAUAACGAUGAUAAUGAAUUCAGCUACCUCAGAUCAAUUGUUCAAAAUGAUCGGCCGUCGCCAACAAAUUCGAAACGAUCAAUUUUAAAAAAACGAAAUGAUGAUAUAUCGAAUGGAACAAUUCCAGUAAAUCAGCGAGUAUCCUCCACUCCUGUUGAAGAAUGGUCCACCACAUCAUCAAAUCGUGCACCAACACCUGCGUUUCCUGUACGGAAAGAAACACCAUUACCGUAUCAUCCAUUGUUAUUUAAUGGUGCUACAUCUGAUAAUUUCACUGCACCUAAUUAUAUCAGUUAUAGGUGA